AUGAAGGUCUCUGCGCUCAUCCUUGGCGCGGCCACUGCCGUCACCAUGAUGCCAGGUGCAUCGGCCUACCCCUGGCUCGACCCCGAUCUUUCUGAGCACGAUCGUCGCCAGCUUCUCUCCGGCCUCUCCAGCAUGCUUGGAGGUGGCGGUGGCGGUGGUGGUGGCGGUGGUGGUCUCCUCGGUGGUCUCCUCGGAGGGGGCAGCAACCAGAACGGCGGUUCUAAUGCCAAUUUCCUCACCGGCCUCUUCUCCGAGGGCAACUCCUCCGGAGGACAGGGCAAGGUCGGUCUCGGUGACCUCAUGAACGCCUUCAAGGGUCUUACUAAGACCUGGAACCCGGCCGACAUCCAGCGCCUAACCCAGGCCUUCCAGGAGGGCUCGACGGAGGUUCUCAGGCGCGCGGCUGCCAACCCCAAGUUCCCCGGCUGGCCCAAGAACCCCUUCAUGGACAAGACCGCCGCCGACAUUACCCCAGAGAUGCUCUACGACGCUUAUGGUCUGUGGCGCGGCGACUCCUGUGGUGACCUGCGUCCUUGGGGCCGCAACUCCUCCGGCUCGGCUGACUUCUCCUCGCGCAAGACCCCCUUCCGCGAGGACCUUACCCUCGAGAACUGCGACUGGGGAAUCUGGGGCCCUGCCGAGAACGACGAGCACCCCUACCAGCCUGCUCCUGAGGGCGCUAUGCGCGGCCCUUGCCCCGGUCUCAACACUAUCGCCAACUACGGCUACAUCCCCCGCAACGGUGUUGCUACCGUGCAGGAGCUCUUCGUCGGUGUCUGGGAGGGUCUCUCGAUCGCCCCCGACCUUUCUUCUCUUCUCAUCAUGGCCGGUAUCAUCUUCAAGGGCGACAUGAAGACCCUGACUGUCUCCAUCGGUGGCGCUGUCCAGAACGCCGGUGUCGGUAUCCGUGAGCACGGUAUCCUCGAGGGCGAUGCUUCAGUCACUCGUAAGGACCUCAAGCUCGGCAACAACUGGGCUGUCGACGAGGGUCUCCUCAACCAGUACAAGCAAGAGAUCGAGCAGUACGGCAACGGCGAUGUCACUCCCAAGGUCCAGGCUCAGUCUCGUCUCCGUGCCUACACCAACUCCAAGGAGAACAACAACGGCUUCGACUUCAACCCCCUUCGCGCGAUCGUGGCUUAUGCUGAGUCCGGUUUCGCCAUGGAGGUCUUCCGUGGCCAGAACUCUCGCCAGACCCCCAUCGACAUCGACCACUGGUUCCGUCAGGACAAGUUCCCUCCCUACUGGUCGCGUCGCUCUGUCCCCAUGACCGCUGCUGAGAUCAUCACCUGGGGCAUGCUCUUCUACAAGGAGGCUCCGACCAACCCUGGCAUGAACUUCGGCUUUGGCUUCACCAACUUCCCCGAGAGCUUCAACUGGCUCGGCACCGGCACUGUCUCCUCGAACGGAUGUAACUUCCAGGGCUUCAUCAAGACUCUGCUCCCCAACGGCUUCAGCGCUAUCACCAACUCUGAGGCCAUCGGCGGACUCAACGAGUUCAACUGCCAGUAA